UAGCAGCAUGUCUCGGAGGAAGAUUUCUUCCGAGUCCUUCAGCUCUUUGGGAUCGGACUAUCUGGAGACCAGCCCAGAGGAAGAGAGCGAAUGUCCCCUGUCCAAGCUCUGCUGGAACGGCAGCCGAAGCCCUUCUGGCCCUCAGGAGCCCAAUGCAGUUGCUACCGCCACGGCUGCCACGGCCACUGCCACUGCCACUGCCACAGCGACUGCUGGGGCUAGGCGUGCUCAGCGCCGGAGACGGGUCAACCUGGAUUCUCUGGGCGAAAGCAUCAGUCGCCUGACGGCGCCCACGCCUCAGAUUAUACAGCAGACUCUCAAGAGGACACUACAGUAUUAUGAGCAUCAAGUUAUUGGUUACAGGGAUGCAGAAAAGAAUUUCUACAAUCUUUCUAACAGAUGCUCCUAUGCAGACCAUUCCAGCAAAGAGGAAAUUGAAGAUGUCUCAGGAAUUCUUCAGUGUACCGCUAACAUGCUUGGUUUGAAGUUUGAAGAAAUGCAAGAAAGGUUUGGGGAGGAAUUCUUUAAUAUCUGCUUUGAUGAGAACGAGAGAGUCCUUCGGGCUGUAGGCAGCACCUUGCAGGACUUCUUUAAUGGCUUCGAUGCUUUGCUGGAACAUAUUAGAACUUCAUUUGGACGACAGGCCACUCUGGAAUCUCCAUCUUUCCUAUGCAAAGAGCUUCCAGGAGGUUCUCUCAUGCUCCAUUACUUUCAUCCUCACCACACUGUGGGAUUUGCAAUGCCUGGAAUGAUAAAGGCUGCAGGAAAGAAGAUCUACCGGCUGGAUUUGGAGGUGGAACAAGUGACCAAUGAGAAACUGUGUUUGGAGGGGUCCAACCCAGGGAAUUGCAGCUGCCUCACAUUUGUCAUUAAAGAAUGUGAAAAUUCAAACAUCACGAAAAACCUUACACCUGGAACAUCCCAAACUCCUGCUGAUCUCCGAAUCAGCAUCAACACCUUCUGUAGAGCUUUCCCCUUCCACCUAAUGUUCGAUGCCAGCAUGCUGGUUCUGCAGCUGGGGGAAGGGCUGAGGAAACAGCUCCGAUGUGAAGCUCAUAAGACUCUGAAGUUUGAAGACUGCUUCGACAUAGUUUCCCCAAAGAUCAAUGCCACAUUUGAAAGAGUCCUGCUGAGGCUGUCUACACCAUUUCUGAUUCGGACCAAACCAGAGGCUUCUGGUUCUGAAAAUAAAGAAAAGGUGAUGGAAGUCAAAGGACAGAUGAUCCACGUUCCAGAAUCAAAUUCAAUUUUGUUUUUGGGCUCUCCAUGUGUAGACAAGUUGGAUGAACUCAUGGGCCGUGGGCUGCAUCUCUCAGAUAUCCCCAUUCAUGAUGCAACUCGUGAUGUGAUAUUGGUUGGGGAGCAGGCCAAAGCCCAGGAUGGACUAAAGAAGCGGAUGGACAAGCUAAAGGCAACAUUAGAAAGAACUCACCAGGCUCUAGAAGAAGAGAAGAAGAAGACAGUAGACCUUCUGUUUUCCAUUUUUCCUGGAGAUGUAGCCCGGCAGCUAUGGCAAGGACAGCAAGUACAGGCCAGAAAGUUUGAUGAUGUCACCAUGCUCUUCUCUGAUAUAGUGGGUUUCACAGCUAUCUGUGCUCAGUGUACCCCUAUGCAAGUAAUUAGCAUGUUGAAUGAGUUAUAUACCAGAUUUGAUCACCAAUGUGGAUUUCUGGACAUCUACAAGGUGGAAACAAUAGGCGAUGCAUACUGUGUUGCAGCAGGACUGCACAGGAAGAGCCUUUGCCAUGCGAAGCCCAUUGCCUUGAUGGCCUUGAAGAUGAUGGAACUUUCAGAGGAAGUGCUGACACCUGAUGGGAGACCAAUUCAGAUGAGGAUAGGGAUUCACUCAGGGUCUGUUCUGGCUGGAGUUGUUGGUGUAAGAAUGCCAAGAUACUGCCUCUUUGGAAACAAUGUCACCCUUGCCAGCAAGUUUGAAUCAGGCAGCCAUCCACGACGCAUCAAUGUCAGCCCUACAACUUACCAAUUAUUGAAGAGAGAAGACAGUUUUACCUUCAUUCCUCGGUCCCGUGAAGAGCUUCCAGACAACUUUCCAAAGGAAAUCCCUGGGAUCUGUUAUUUCCUGGAGCUCACAACCGGUCCCAAGCAGCCAAAGCCCUCGAUCUCUUCAACUCGAAUGAAGAAGGUUUCCUACAACAUUGGCACCAUGUUCCUUCGGGAGACAAGCCUAUGAGACCUGCUACAGAUCAAAGACUCAUAACUAAAGCACAAGCCCACAACCUGGGUCUGGACAGAAAAGUGAAGAGAGACCCUUUCUUCUUCACUACAUCAUCCUGGGCAAGCAGUACAAUCUCUGUGUAAUGUCACGCAAUAAUACUAGAAUAAGGUGGGUGAUGACUGUCAGUAAACAAACUGGACGGGAAGACAAGUAAGGGAAUGAGAUGCAUCCAUCCUUAAAUGAUUUAUUAUUGGCCACUUUAAAAAACAAAUUAUAAUCAUAAUCCCUUUAUCAAAUAAAACCUAAAAAUAAAUUCCUUGGGUUUUCUGUUUGAUAUCCAUGAGGUGACAUGACCUUAAGAAUUGUACCCACUGAAAAACAAAGGAGAGCCAGUGUGGAGUCUGCAUUCUUAGUUUCAAUGUGUGAAUUCAGUAAAGGAAAUUUUAUAAUUUUUUUGGAAGAGACAUUUCUUACAGAUACCAUAGAGGUUUGGUCAACUUCCCAGCCAGAGAAAUUGUAACUGAGUAAAAUAUUUUAGGGAUAUUACCUAUUUUUAUACAUCUUUCUCUUUCUGGAUAAAUAACAUUUCACAUAACAAUUGAAUCAGCUUUUCAGAGUAAACUACUGUAUAUUUGGUGUAUUAUGUAACUUUAACCUAAUAAUCUAAUAUGGUUACACUUAUUUAGAAGGAUUAGUAUCAGAUAGGGAUUACUUCAGUGGGGAUUUCAUUUGUGCAGAAAACCCUGUCCGUCUGCUUAGUAGACAUGUCUUUCAAAUGUAAUUAUUGUAACAUGAUUUUUUUUAAAAAAGUGGAGUUCCUAGAAGUAAACUAGACAAUAAAUACAUGGAGAGAAAUCUUUUUUCUUCUUCUCAUUGAAAAUUUGCAGUAAUUUACAAAGGAAAAUUACUUUGGUCUCUCUAAUGGUUUCCCUCUAAUUUAUAGGUACUUUAAAAUGUAGGUAGAUAUUGGGACUUGCUAAAUUAUGCCCCACAAUAUAAUACUUAUUAAAUACCUACUAUGUGCAGAGCACUGCACACGCAAAAUGUACUAAAUGUCAUUAUCUUUGUAUUUCUCUCCUUUCUGAGUCAGUGCGAAUGAUGAUAGAUUGUUGCCUCAUAAGAAUGGAAUUGGGUUACUUAUUGCUCUUGUGAGCUACUUCCAGUGACUGUGGGUAUUAGUGUGAAGUUCAAAAUUUUGCCAAGAUUGGCAAUAUUUAAUGGUUUUAUUUUCUUGUAUAGCAUAAAAUAGACAAAAGUUCCUAUUGUAUGGUUUGGAGAAACAAAAAAGGCAAGUUAUGCUGCAGUUUGAUGCUACUUUUUACAAUAAGUGACUCCCCAUCAUGGAAGUUUGAAGAGGUCUACUAUAUUCAGACCUGGUGAAUUCCCCCUGCCCACAAUCACUGCAGUAGCCUGCAGGUUUUUAUUGCAUGAUUCCCUAAAAUUGAAUCCUCUUCCCCUUGACCAACACUGCAUGAAAAAAGGAAUCUACAUCAUUACUGACCUACCCUGAAGUCAGGGGCACUGUGUUGCAAGGAUAGUCAGAGUUUGGAAUCAAGACAAAUUCAAAAGGCCUGUUCUAAUUAAUGAUCUGGAAGCAUUUGUUCUGUAGCUCUAUUGUGAUGUGUGGCUAUUUCCUUAUUCCAUGGUUACUCAUUGCUUUCCCUCCCCUGGAUUUGAUUAGUAAUCAAGGUAUAUUGAAUUCUGUGGUGCGUUUUUUGCCCCUUUUCUUUAGGUCAGAGAUUUACAGUGGUAACUGCUGUACCACAGCUGAGAAUUAGAGAUUUAAAAGUGUCUUUCUAUAAAAUAAUAUCCUAAUUAUGAGGCUCAAUAAAUCCUCCUAAAGUUGACUAAGAUAUGUGGAUGGGAAGCCCUUUUAGAUAUAAAAAUUAUGUCUUGUGAUCAUUAUUGUUAAUAUAAUUGUUGGGCUCUCUCACCCUUGAGUAGGGCACUGGCAAAGCAGUGGAGGGAAGAUGAAGAGACUAUAUUUCUUGCCCCUCAAUGUGUUCUCCACUUCUUCUAGGCCAAGGGCUUUGUCUUCCACCAAGAGGAGAGAAUGCCAAGGUCAUCGUGUCAGGGCUCUUCCCUGCUUGACUCCUAGGGUGCUUCAAACUUAUUGUAGACCAUGUGGCCCAGGUAAACUUAGAGCUUAGUAGUCCCCUUCUCAAGGUAGGAGAUAGCUUAGCUACCUGACAGCAUGUGAGCACCUAAAGAUCGAACAUGGCUCAUUUUAGGAUCAUGCUAGUUCUUAUAUUCAUGAAUGGAAACCAGAUAUUGCCAAAUGACUUCUCUUGUAUUGCUGAACAUUUUCAUUUAUUAAUAAUGAUGAAUAUGCAAUCAUAUAUAUGUAUAUAUGUAAAUAUUCAUCACAUAAAUUCAUACAAGUUAUAUAUAUAUAUAUAUACAUAUAUAUACAUAUAUAUAUUAUGUGCUUGUGUAACCAUAUGGCUAUAAGAAGUUUCUAGCAUCUAUUCAGCUUGUUCUUUUGCCUUUUGCGGUGGAUUUUCCCUAAAGAUCCAAACAAAGAAAUAGCCACACUUGGUUUAAGGAGCAGUAGGUAAGAAGAUUCCAAACUCUCCUGGAUAGUCAUUGUCCAAUAAGGAGAAUCAGAUCAAGUGAGAAAAAAGUUGUAUACAGUGUAAACUCUCAUUUUAUCAGAAUCAACUGAUUUCAACAUUGAUUUAUGCAAUUCACUUACAGAAAAAAUUGGAAUGUAUACUACUAUAUUCACUUAUAUUUCUGUCACAUGUCAAAUUAAAGAAUUUAGUAUAGAUUCAGUUAUAUGUGUGUAUACAUAUAGCUAUGUCAUACUCAGGAUAUGAACUUACAUUUUUUUUUCAUGCAGUUAGAUCUAAUCUUGUUCUAUGGAGCUCUGUUCUGAAGGAGUGAUUCACUUUAUCUUCUUUAUCUUGUCACCUUUGUCUUGUUAUUGAUUAUUCAAGUUCCCAUGUUGCUAUCUGUCUUUGCAAGGUGCUGUAAGUAAUAUCUAUGAAUUCCAUUCAUAGCCAUGGAAGUAUGAAACUGUAAAGAGCAGGAUAUUUCCAUUAUAGGGCAAGUAAGCCUAAAGUUUCCACAGUUUUCUAAUUAGGAAUAUGAACUGAAACAGUUGGAUAAGAAUACUGGCAAGUUACUCUUUGCCUUCUCAACAUCAUAAAUUUACUUGACUGAUGUCUGCACUGACAUUUUACAUUUUAAAAAAGAUUUUUCAUGCAGCAUCUCCCAUGUAUCAGAAGACAUCAGACUGAAAUGUAAUUGACUGCCCCUCAUAGAAAUAUAAUGGUAUUAAGUGCAGAAUCAUUUUAAAAUCAUUUGUUACAUAUUAAGCUUCAUUUGUAAAAAAUACACUUUCAGAAGAUAGUCAGUAUCUAUAGUAUGACUCUUCUAAUGUACUCACAAGGAGCUAAUUUGGAGUGACUUGAUAAUCAUAGCUGUCAAUGCAAGAAAUUGAUGUCAAUAUCACCAUGGAAAUAAUACUAAUGUUGGAAAAUAUACUGAAAAGGAAAUAUAACACUUAUUUAGCAAAACCAUAAUCUACCAAAAUGUGUAAAGAACAUAUUGAGCAUGAUCAGUAUAGAACUAAUAACAAUAAUCAAAAUCAUUGAUAGUGAUUCAAAAUAUGAAGUUCUGUGCUUUUGCAUCAUGGAAACUAGAUGAUUAAAAAUGGCUCCCUUAGAAAUAAAUUUACUUAGAUCAGUUCUGGGUGACAAUGUGAGGAACAAAACUUGUGGUAGAUUUCCCAGUAUUGUCACUUGCCUCUGUGCUUAAAUCUUACUUAUAAGUAAUCAAUUAUGGUUUAAAUUUUACAUUGUUUUCCCUUAACAAUGUGUGGGACUCUGUGAUCUGUGGACUAGCUAUGAUUUGGAGAAUGAACCUAAUUUGACAUUUCUUGGAGAGGUUGGAAACUCAUUAGUUUAAAUGUUUGAGGCUCAUGGGUUGACCAGCAAUAAGGUACAUGAAAUUCAAUAUUUUAUUGGGAGGAUAUGUUGGUAUCUAGUAAAUAAUGCCUUCUUGAAUUCAGCCACAACUUUAUUUUAAAAUUGAUAAUAAGAAUAUCUGGCACCACAUCUUUAUAGAUUGUGCAUAGUAAUUUAUGCUGAAUUUUGAAAUAUCAAGAGGCAACUCAAGUUCAUUAUCAUUGUCAUUAUCAUGAAAAAUAUGUAUUCACUGUCAUCUGACUGCCUGAUACUAUUUAGGACAGGUGCUAUGGGUAUUUAGGGUAGGGAUUAGAAAUGUUUUGGAUUUGUGUCAGAGGGUACAAUAUCAGCCUGUUUUGGUGUGCACUUUUGACCAGUAUUUAGGCUCUCCUUUACACUUUAUUCCUCCAUUGUCCCACUGUGCUAAUAUCUGUUAUUUCCAUCAUUCUUUCCCAUCUGGCCACAUCUCUCCUGGGCAAUAGGGGCUAGAUUGAGGCUUACUAAAGGUAUCAAGCUUCACCUUCCAUUAUUGUUGCAUUAUUGGUAUAUGGUAUAUCUGCCUCAUUGCAUAUUUUAGGCAUGCAAUACAACAUUAAAACAGUUCAGAGGAUAUAGAGAAUAAAACAUUUAUCAUAGCUAACUGCAUCACUCUAAAAUUAAGAUAUUUUUAGGUAUUCCAUAGUGCACACAUAUAUGUAUAUGUCUUUAGUUUUUGUUUCACUGACUCUUUUCUUGGACUGUUAUUUCAUAUGACUUAAUCGAAAUUUUCUUUAGAAUUACUUUUGAUUCAGAACAGGUUUGAAAGUAAUGAGUACUUACCUAGUAACAAGAAAUCCAAAUCAGAAAUACAGAUUGUAGAAUACUAUUUGUAUAUUUACAUAAAACAUGUAUCUAGUGCCCACUGGCUACCUAGUAUUGCCUAAGACAAGUAUUUUGAGUGUUUAUAGCAGGGAUCAGAAACUAUAAAAUUCUAAUUUGCUCCUGAAUGUAGUAUGCUACUGAUGAAAUAAGCAUUCACGUGACAUACUGGACAUCCAUUUGGGAACAUGUACUGCACAGUAUAUUAAAGAUCAUUUGAUUUGGAUCACUGUAAAAUAUACACAUUAUAAUGACAUUGUGUUCUCAGAUAUUAAAAUGAUUAUCUGACAGAAAGAACCAACUUCAUGUAGCAUGGAACAUGUUAAUCUCUAUUGUCCACAUUAAAGAAUAGCUACAUCUACAUGAAUAUACUAGCAUUUAGUAAGUAAAAUGGACAUGGGUAGCUUUAGGAUUUCACUUUUCAACUUUUAAAAAUACUAUGACAUCAUAUCUAACACUAAUAUAAACUUGGUUAUUUAUAAUGGGCACUGAGUUAUUUUAUUUUGCUAGAGACAAUUAACUAUUGGUAGUAUUCUAGUCCAAGAUGUAGCAGAAUUGUAGCCAAAACCUACUUUGUCAUAAUGUUUUUAUAUGAACCUUGUAUGUCCUAGGUCUCAUCUAAAAAAAAUUAAAAAUAAAUAAAAAUGAAUGGUAGCUUACUGAAACCACAUUUGACUCAGAAGGGCAAAGGAGGUAUAAGAAGAUUGAUAUGAUCAUUUUACUAUAUUUAGUUCAUAUCCAUCUUAAAUUUUUGCUAAACAGAAAAUAGUCUUAUACACAGUAAUCUAUGCAAAAUGGAAGGUGUCAGUCAAGUGCCUCAUGAGACAUCACAUCCAUAUUAGGGGAAUCAUCUGGUUGACAGUCAGGAAGAGCACUCAUGGAUUAGCUACGAAAUUUUGAAAACUGAGUGAAUUACUAGGGAUGAAGUAAACACUAACAAAUGCAUAAGAGAUGUAUCAUGCCAGCUGGAGUUAUUUUCCCAAAGUAUUUCACUUCAGGCUUCAGGGAUCCUCAUAUAAUGGCUUCCAUGAGAAAUAAAAUCACUUCAGUUUCAAAUUCAGGGAUUGUACUUUCUAAGCAUGAUUUUUCAUGCUUGAAAAGAGUCUUCACUGACACACACAAGAGAAGACUCUUGCUCCCUAAUAUCGGUUAUUAGGUUUAAUCACUAACAGAUUGUAUAUGUAGUUAAUGCCAAAUGCAUGUAGCAUAGAACAAGGUUUACCAAACUACAACAAAGAGGGAAAGACUUUUGAGCUUCUGGAUAUUGUUCAAUUUAUAGUGGGAACUUUCAUAAGGAUUGCUUUGACAGUAAUGAGUGGAAAGUCACCAAGUUAGCAAUGGUUACCACUAUGUGUUUUUUUAACAUUAAAUUGUACAUAUGUCUAAAAUUUAUUCCCAAGCAAUACCUUCUCAUGCUAACUCUUAAAGCAAUAAUUUAAGCCAUGGUGAUGCUAAUACAUGCAACAUACUUCUACGUGAGGUAACCACUAAACCCUGGGAAAAUGCCAAAACUCUGUACAAAAGCAAUAAUAAAGCAUGUUAUGGUUUAUUUAAAGAUUUCUUUUCCACAGUCGCCAGGGUGCCAUAAAAACUGAGGUACAGAACAUAGCAGAUGAGCUCUUUAAUCUAUCUCAGAUGUCACCAUUUGCCAAUCUGCUACAAAGUAAUUAUUGUCCCUUGCAUAGUUAUUCCUGGGAUCUAAAUAACACACAUAUGGAGAAUUUCUCUCAUACCAUGAUUUCUGUUUCUGAUUGUUUCUGUGAAGUCUUAGAGCCACAUUGAAGAUGAAUAGCAGAACCGGGACAGUUGUACAGUGAAUAUUCUGAUGAGACAGUAGAUUUUAUAGGAAUAAGGAGGGGCUCCUUGUAGUGACAGCUAACUAAAAUGUUGGUCCAUGGUGAACAAGCUCUUGGAAGAGGAAAGGCUGAAUGGGAAAGGGUCAUUAAGAAACAACAGAUUUGUGGUUUUAUCAGCAAAGGGAAGCCUCUGAGAGGAAACUGAUUUGUAGCUUCUUUACAGCUUAAAGUGUUAGAGUUGGCUGGGGCACUGAAAUGUUGUCACUAGCUCAGGGUCACAUACAGUAUAUGACAGAGAUGGGACUGGAACUCAUUUCUUCCUGACUUCAAGGAUAAUUCCCCAUCUAUUUCACUGUUGUGACUCUUCAAGGGGUCAUGUUUUAUGGAUAUUAAUUAGGGAUUGAGAAAUGUUUAUGUAGGGGAGAUCAUUGUCUUUAGGAUGUGAAUCUGAAAGUCUUGCUGGGUGAUGGACUAAAACAAAAAUUGAUAACAGAAUUAUUUCUACCUAUUUAAGUUGUGCUCGAGAUGAGUGAGGAAACAGGGAAACCCUAAGUGAUGAUUCUGGUGUUUUGAAUGUUGCCACUUAACGUUUAUUUUUAAUCCAGUCAGAGUAGUGUGUCAAAGUUAACCAGAACUAUGAAAGAUGUUGAUCCUUGUAUCAUUUAGAACCCUAGAUGGAGAAGGUGACUUGUGUAUCCAAGCUGUCUUUUAGGCAAAAAAGUAGACAUUUCUCUUCAUUCUAUGUAAUUUGGGCAGGAGGGAAAGAAUGGACGUCUGAGCCUUAAAAAACAAAAACAAAUAAACAAAAGAACAAAAACAGAUAAAUAUGAAGCUAGUGUGACCUAACUAGAUAUUAUCUCCUCCAUCCUAUCAUUACCCUGGGAAAAGAUGAGAAUAUGGGCAAGUGCAAGUCCAUGUACUGACCACAAACAGAGCAUAAGAAUUGUAAUCUAUCACCAUUCCCAUGGAAAUAGCCUGUUUCACUCAAGAAAUUCAGCAAGACCCCCCCCCAUACUUUUAAAAUAAAAGUCAUUGACACAUGCUGUCAUUAUUUAAUGAAUGAUAAAGACACCAAAUUAAUGUAUAUUAAAUGACAGCCAUUUUACCUUUCUCAGAUAACCAAGUUACUUGUAUAUAGCGUGCUAAUUUCCAGUAUUUGCUUAAGCCAUUGUGGCUAAGUAACUGAAAACCUAAAAGAGAGAAAAGCUAAGUGCAAAGCAAGACCAUUUGGGCUAGGUUUUGAUUUCACUGGUGGGGGAGGGGAGGAAUUUGUGUUGAUCCAAUGAUAUGAUACAUAGUACAAAAGGGACUGGGAGUGAUUCUACCUAUGGAGCAAAGUCAGCUAUGAGAAGAGUUGCUUCUUCGUACCUCUGCUUUUCCUGAUGCCAUUCUUCUUGUGUUAUUGUCUAGCUGCAGUUCCAAACUUGAUAGAUGCAUGAAACAGGGAAAAGUGUUAGGGGUGGAGGGAGGAAUAAUGCAGGCAACUGUGAAUAAUGAAGACCAAGGUGAUUGCAUUUUUUUUUCCUUCCUUUUAGAAGAUGUGGGGAGUAUUAGAAGAGUGGCAGCUCCUGUGGAGAGCACUACUGGUUUAAUGAAACCCAAAUGGUUUCCCUAGCCUAUUGUUCUCUCCUAUUUCAAAGAAACAAACUUCACAAGCCCCACAUCUUUCUCAGGAGGCAGUGCCAACCUCUUGGCAGCUGCACAUUUCAUCAGGACUGGGAUUAGUUGUUUGUGGAGCUACAAAUAGAAACUCUGUGAAUGUGGCAGAUAAGGCUAGACGCAGUUACAGUGGUGAAGGUAAAUCAGUGUCAGAACAUCUGGAGUGAUGGGACAAAGAAAGCUGAAUGCUGAACCUUGCUACAGGCCUCAGGCUAAGGAAGUAAAAUUAGCACAGGCCAGGGGAGUACUGAAAGGAAAGCGAUCUUGAAAAACAGUCCUCCCCUUUCUUCACUUGCCAAAUCUUCCUAUUCAAGAAGCUUAAACAGUUUGUGUUUAUGUGGUCUAGGGUUUUAAAAGGUUAUCACUUGCAUUUAGAUUUUUUUCUAGGUACCUAAUUCUCAUCUCAAGAGAAAUCCUUUAAGUAAGUACUUAAGUAUAUUCAAUGUCAUUUUAGCCCAUUAUUCUUCUGACUAGCUAUAACUAAUUCUAAUUCUCUUGUCUUGUGUUGCUUUUUGUUCUAAUGAGUUCUAUGAAUUGACCUAGACAAUUUAAGUCAAGGAUUGUGAAAUCAUUUCUGAGCAUAUUACAUUUAUUUAUCUAUGUGCAUGUGUAUAUGUGUUUAGAGGGGCUUCCACCUGCCUCCCUAAUAUCAUCCUCAACUUGGACCUAUGAUGUUGACAGGAUAGAUUUCUUAUGCAACAAUGAAGACUGAAAAGAGAGGAUGGGUAGAAGCUAGGUUCAUGAGAUCAUAGAUUAAGUGCUAGAAAGGCUCUGUGAUGUAGUUUGACACAACCCCCUCAAUUUAUAGUUGAGGAAACAGAGAAAUAGAGAGCUUAGGUGAUUUUUCUUCUCAGUUAACCUAGGUCACACAGGUAGUAUGUGGCAAAGCCAGGAGUAAAAGCCAGGUCCUUUGAUUCUCUAAGUCCAGGAUAUUUUCACUUAUUCUGCAUUUCUUGUGUAUAGUACAUACAUAUGCGUCUUGAGCACCCAAUUAUCUGAAUAAAUGAAUGAAUAUGAAUAAAAACAUUUUAACUAUGUAAAAUUGAAAAAAUAAUAUUCAAUGGGGUUGGGGAUGAGGAGAGAAAAUAGUUUGCUGUUAAUUUACAAAGUUAUUUUUCAAGAAAAUGAAUAAGAAGAUUGGGAAAGAAAUAGGAAAUGAUAGUACCAGGGAAUCACUGAUAGCUGAAUUUCUCAGUAUUUGGUAGUUUGACUUGGCUGAAGUCACACAGAUAGGAAAUGGAUCUGAAUCGAAUUUCUCAGUAUUUGGUAGUUUGACUUGGCUGAAGUCACACAAGUAGGAAAUGGAUCUGAAUCUAUAUUUUCUUUGGUGGUAGUAGUUUGACUCCUAUUCAAUGGUAAUAUCCUAGUGUGUGGUAAGAAGUGGCUCUUUCUUUACUUUGCAUAUAUUCAUGUGAAUUGAUACAGGUUCAUUCAGAUCCAUGAAACACAAAGGAGUCAUAUAUGGUCAAAUGAAUAUUCAGUUUCCAGAUGCCUCCCAAAUAUUGCCCUCAACUUGGGCCUAUGAUGUUAACAUCCUAGUUAUUUAAUGGGAAUGGAAUAUAAGUAAUUGAAGAAAAAAUAGCCUUUGAAAAUCAAAGUAGAUUUGCCUGGUUUUGUGGUUUAUUGUCCUAAAAAUAAUUUGAUGUCCAGAGUUGUUUAGCAUUUUAAAGCACCUUGUAUAUCUUAUCUCCUUUGACCCUUACAACAACCCGGUGAAGCAGAUACUAAAGGUAUUCCUGCAUUUUACAGAUGAGAACUGAAGCUUAGGAAGGUUAUGGGACUUGCCCAGGAUUACAAAAUUGGUACUACUCCUUCCACUAUCUCAUGCUCUUUAUCAAAGCAUUCCAAGAAUACUCUACUAGUUAUUUCAAGAUUUGGUUAGAAAAGAAAGGAAGAGAGGAAUGGAGGGAGGAAAGAAAAGUAAAAGAGGGAAAAGGAAAGGAUGAAAGGGAAAAAGGCAGGAGGGAGGGAAGGAAGGAAUGAAGGAAAAAGGAAUGAGGGAAGAA